ACAUUGUUGAUUACCAUUGUGUUCGCAUCGCUGUUGUCAAAGGGUUAAAUAUGGAUAGGGAGGAAGGGAAAAGUGAUAGAUGUGAUACUGGUGGGGAGGAAGGGAGCGAAACAAACUCAGGGUCUGUGUUCUCAGACUUUGAGAACAGUGAAGAGGAGGAAAUUGAUGAUGAUGAUUUUUCAGAAUAUGUAGAUGUGGGAGUAAAUGAUGUGUUAGAAGAAGUUGUAGAGAGUUCAGAAUUUUGGAGAGCCGAACCUGAUGGUAGAGGACAAAAUAAUGUUGUUGAGGCAAGGGAGGAAGAUAUAUUGGGCUUGUUAUCUGAUCAUGAGUCAGAGGGAAUUGAUGAAAGUGCAAGAUCAAGUGAAGAAGACGAUGAAGGAGAAGGCAACGUUAACAGAGUAAGAUAUAAUCCGGUAGAGAUGUGUAAAGAGUUUAAAUUUGUAUUAGGUAUGGAGUUUACUUCCAUUGGUCAGUUUAAAGAUGCAGUUAGAGAGUAUGCCUUACUCCAUGGAUAUGAAAUCAAAUUUGUGAAGAAUGAUAAGGUGAGGUGUAGGGUCAAAUGUGCACAUGUUGAAUGCAAGUGGUUAAUGUUUGUGAGCCAAGUGAGAGGUGAGUUAACAUAUCGGUUGAAGACAUUACACUCAAAACAUACAUGUGGGGUAUCCUUAAAAGGGAAGAAUGCUAGCUACAAGUGGAUUGCAGAAAAGAUAGUUCACAACCUACCAAACACCAGUCAUCCUUACCUGCGUUUGCCGAAUGUUCGUCGCCUUCAGCGGAUCUAGGUCGCGUUUGCUGACUCUUUGUCGCCUUCACGGAUCUUUGUUGCCUUCGCCUUCACCGGAUCUUGGUUUCCUUUCUCCACUCGUCCAGAUUCUAUCUAAACUC